AUGUCGAUAGAUAUCUACCCUCCCCUUCCCCCAGACCACCUCCAGCGAGAGGUCAAAGCCGCGCAGGUAUGCCUCCCCAGAUCAUGGAAGGAGCUCCAACAACUGACUGUCCAGCAACGUGAACUCGAAUGGUUUGUUGCUGAGCUGCGCGAAACCCUCGUAAACAUCAAGCACGGGCUCGAAGACUGCUACGCGCUACUGGCACCCAUUGACCCAGGGAGCACGCUGGUGCUGAGCACGCCGCGCAACGAGAUUGUCAAAGGAACUGUUACAAGGGUUGGGACGAGAAUUGUGAAGGGGACGAUACAUCUUCGUCUUCGAACCCUCCCCCACCAAACCCUCACCCUCAACCCCGACCACCCCAUCCAUCUCGCCCCCCUCACAUCGCUACAGUCCCUCCUCAACCAAUCCAUCGACCUGCUCACUCUGACCCUCUCCUACUCCUACCCAUCCGAACCUUCUCAAGACCAUCAGCCAUCCUCCACCCCGCAAUUCCUCUCUGCCCAACUCCGCCUGCUUUCUCAACAUAUUUCCCGUGCCUCAGCCCUGCUCAAAGGCGCUCCAUUACCAACAACAGAUCCGGCCUGGACGUCCCGCUCUGCUGCUCCGUCACAUUUCACGCCUCCCUUGGCACAACCACACUCAGGGAGUUCCACGCCCGCGCUGAGUUUUUACCUCACCAUACAAGACGCCUGUCUAGUCCUUUGGUUACGGACGCUAGAACCUUUCGACGCACCUGUCGCGUUCGGGACAAAACUCGCGCUUGCGAUCGGCACAGCACGGAGGUUAGAACAUGAUGAGGCAGAACGUGUGUUCGGUUAUUGUUGCAAUCACUCUACGAUCCCAUAUCCCGACGAUCAAGACCGGGAGAAUCUGAUCGAACAUGCCGGUAGCCCAGCGCCAGGACCGCAACUUACACGCACCACGUCGAGUACAUCCUCUUCUACCAAGGGAGCUCCGUUGUCAGGGACGAAAAAGAGGUGGAUUGAUGUGUAUGUGAGGGAGAAGGUAAGAGUGGAGAGUGCAGAUCCGAGUUUGAUGAGUUUGUCGGCCAAGUUGAUGGCGUUGGGACAUACGCUGGCGUUGGCGAGGCAGAAUCUUGAGGUUUUGCUUGGGGAGGAUGUCCGGGAGAGUUCGAGUGAGGGGUCAUCGCCGAUGGAAGGGGGAGAGCGGGGGUACUAG